AUGAGUAAAACGGUAACCCCGUCGACAUACGUCCGCUGCCUCAAUUUUGGGCUAAUUAGGCAGCUGGCAGAUUUCAUCGAUCCUCAGGAAGGAUGGAAGAAGUUAGCGGUUGAUAUCAAAAAGCCUUCUGGAGAGAGUAAAUACAACCAGUUUCAUAUAAGGAGAUUUGAAGGAUUAAUCCAGAUGGGGAAGAGCCCUACUUGCGAAUUACUCUUUGACUGGGGAACAUCAAACUGCACAGUCGGCGACCUUGUGGAUCUCUUGAUGAGAAAUCAGUUUCUGGCAGCGGCGAGUCUCUUACUGCCAGAUGCUGUACCAAAAACAGACCUAAUGCUUCCUCUACCUUGUCAAGAAACCCUACCCGUUCAGGAGAAACAGGUGCCUCCCCUUGACAGAGAGACGACGAGAACCCUGCCCGGCCUGGCUCAGAGCCGUGAACCUUAUUCACUUCCUGAUUCUACGAGUCCAGGGACCAACAGUGUGGAAUUUAGCGACACACGUUUUCACCAAUUUUCGUUUCAAGAAUUGAGGAGUGUUACAAGUAACUUUGAUGAGCGUCCAAUCUCAAUUGGUGGGAAUAAAAUGGGAGAGGGAGGUUUUGGAGUUGUAUACAAAGGCUCCAUCAGCAACAGAGUAGUGGCAGUGAAAAAACUUGCAGCAAUGGUUGAUAUCAGUACUCAAGAACUGAAACAGCAGUUUGAUCAAGAAAUAAAAACAAUGGCAAAGUGUCGACAUGAAAACUUAGUAGAAUUGAUUGGUUUCUCCAGUGACGGAAAUGAUCUCUGCCUGGUGUAUGUAUACAUGCCUAAUGGUUCAUUGUUUGACCGACUCUCCUGUUUGGAUGGUACUGCACCACUUUCCUGGCAUACAAGAUGCGACAUUACUCAGGGAAUAGCAAGUGGCAUUUCUUUUUUACACGAAAACCAUCAUAUUCAUAGAGAUAUCAAAAGUGCAAAUAUCUUGCUGGAUGAGGCUUUUGUUCCCAAAAUUUCUGACUUUGGACUUGCACGAGCCUCUGGGAAGUUUCCCCACACGGUGAUGACCAACAGAAUUAUGGGAACAACGGCAUACAUGGCUCCGGAGGCCUUGCAUGGAGAGAUAACGCCCAAAUCUGACAUUUACAGUUUCGGUGUGGUUUUGCUGGAAAUAAUAACGGGACUUCCAGCAGUAGAUGAAGAGCGGGACCCUCAGUUACUGCUAAACAUUAAAGACGAAAUUGAAGACGAAGAGAAGACGAUUGAAAGUUACAUUGACACGAAGAUGAAUGAUUGGGAUUCCACCUCAGUUGAAAACAUGUAUUCUGUCGCUAGUCAGUGUCUGCAUGAAAAGAAGAACAAGAGGCCAGAUAUCCGGAAGAUCCAACAGCUCCUACAAGAGAUGACCACAUGCUGAUGUCCUUUGGAUUAGUCCAUUUUGAGGCUGACCUAGAAGAUGAAUGAAAUAAGAAAAACCCAACAACUUUUAUAACUUCCCUCAAAGUCAACUGUUUUCAAUUUUUUCUAAACCUUGUUUAACUAGCCUAAUUUACUGAGAGUGCCUUACGUGUAUAUUUGUAAUGAUAAAAAUGUCAUUUUGCUUUGUUCUUAUGUAUUGACAUUUAGCAUCAUGCAAUUGUCUAAAGACCCUGCUUUUUAUUUGUCCACUAGAAUGAGAUUUCCUUCUCCUUAUCCCUCUCCCCUGGAUCUUGAAGUAGUAAAUCUAUUCCUAAGCCAUUUCUCAGCCAUACAUUUUAGGUUUUUUUUUUAUUAACAGUGGGUGUUUAACAGAGUACAGAUCUAUUUUCUACAAGUCAAAUGAUUUCCCAAAAUUUGAAAUGGCAACGAGGCAGCUGAAGGAAGAGGAACAAAGAAGGGAAGACAUGUAAGCAGCCCCAUUAACAUGUGCUCUGGCUGUUGGGAAAGCAAGUUUGAAGGACCAAAACCAACAUUUUGGGGGUCACAGAGGGGUUUCAGAUUGGAGAACGUGGAGGCGGACGUGAAAAGCAGAAAUCUGGAAAAGCCUAACUAGAACAGGGACAGUGCUGAAAUACUUUCAGUUAGAAGAGCAAGAGUAAAAUAAACAGGAUCGCUUCCUCUAAAUCUCACUUCCUGAAUAAUUUUAUUUUUAGGGUGAUAAUUGUAGCUUGUUCGAAGCUGGGCUGAUGCUUCUUCAAUUUACAUGACUGGGGGUCCGGUAAUAUAAAUUUGUUUGACAUAUAAUGUGAUUUGAGAGUUCUUCAGUGAACAGAUAUAUGUAUAUAUAUAUAUAUCUAUAAAGAUAGAUAUCUACCUAUCUGUAGAUAUCUAUAGAGAUAGAUCUUUCUGUCUAUAGAGAGUUCAUCAGUGAACAGAGAAAUGAAAUAUAUAUAUAGAUGUGUGUGUAUAUAUAUAUAGAUAGAUAUCUUUCUAUUUCUAUAAUGAGUUCAUCAGUGAACAAACGAAAUAUCUAUAUCUAGAUAUCUAUCUAUAUAGAUAUCUAUAUAGAUAUGCAUAUAUCUAUAUAGAUAUAAUCUAUCUAGAUAGAUAUUUUAAUCCCCAGAAUAGAGGAACAACGGAAAUGGAUCACCAAAGUUAUCUGUGCAUUCUCAUUAUUGCAUUUAAAUGGUGCUACUUCAAUUGUGCAUAUAAUUACUUUUCAUUUAGCUUUAUCAGCAUUCACUAUCAAUUAGUUAACUGCUACUGAAGGAGCUGCAAAGCAGAAAUAAAUGAAAAUCAUGGAUUAUCCCUGCUAGUGUUAACCUUGUCCCUCACGAGGAGGAACAAAGAGCAUAGUUAAAUUCACCUCUGAAUCACUGCAAUUUGAAAUAUGUUUUGUACUAAAUUUUAAUGUCUUAAUGUAAUGUUUAAUACAAUCUGUAACCUAUGAAAGUAGUUAUGGGUGUUAAAUGACAAAACUGUUGCUUAAAAUCAUGCUGAAAACAGUGUUGAAGGGAUUUUAUUGUACUGUAAAGUGCUCAGUUGUAAGCCAAAGAUUUAAAAAUUAAGACUGAAACAACCAGUUGCUUGUGUAAUUUAGGAUAAAAAAAUAAAUCUGCACUCCACACACAAGCUACUACAGAACUGGGCAGGAAAUAGACAAAUCUGGAAGGUGCAGUGAUAGAGUGGAUUACUUUCUCAUGCUUUGAUGCCUUAAUAAAUAUAAUUUAUUUAAAACUU